AUGAAAAGGGCGCCGACUUCGACCCUUACUCAUGAGAAUUGGAAUCAGGAGGACGAGCCAGAAGAAGCGGGCACAUUUCAAAGGGCGAGUAGUGAGCAGGUCAAACAGCGUGUGAUCGCGAAGGCGCGUCGCAGACGGAACUUGAACACCUCUAGCAAUCCCUCCAGUCAAGAGUCAAGUCAAGGGGAACAGAAAUCUGCUUUUGCUGGAUUCGGGGCUAAGCUCAAGCCAAAGGAAGACUCCCCCGUUCCUUCGAUCGCAUCUCAAGAUGCUUCUCAAGAGUCGAAUAGCACUGAAAGUACAGAGAGCAAUAAAGAAAACAAGAGCGAGAAAACGGCGGACAAAGAAAUCCUCAAGCUCAACACAGCGUUUUUGAACAGCGUGAAAAAACACUUUGACGAAGAACCCAUUUGCGACUUUAGUCCCAUGUUUGAGGAUUACAACGCUCACAUGGCGAAAAUUGACAAGACUUAUAAAACCGUCUGGAAAGAGCGAGGCUCGUCCACAAUCGUCAACUCAGAAACAGAAGAAACUGAAGAGCCAACUACUGUUAUCGAGAAUAAACCAACAAAUAAGCUUAUUUCCUCUGUUUCGAAAGAUAACGACAAUGGUUACUCGAGCGCACCGUCUAGUCAAGAUAAGGAAAAAACUGAGCCCGAGGCACCAAAGUUCUCUUUCAAACCAAGCGAUCCUGAAAAAGCAAAGAAAUUUUCAUUCGCCCCAACAGAGUCCAGUGACCCUCCAAAAUUUUCCUUCAAACCCUCGAAUGGCUCUUCAGAAGCGCCGAAAUUUUCUUUCAAAUCGAGUGAGCCCGCUAAAAGCGACCCUGCGAAGCCUUCACUGUUCAAUCUUGGCGGUACGUCAAAAACAGACAGUGGCGAAGCUAAACCAGCUUUCACUUUCAAAUUCGGAUCUGGUGCUUCGUCUCUUGCUGGUGGAGCCGCGCCUAGUUUCGGCUUUGGUGCGCCCCCAUCAUCAGUCGCCGCUCCUCCAGCGUCAACCGGUGGUGAAGGGGAUGAGGAAUACCAACCACCUAAAGUAGAGGAGACUGAAUUUGACGACGAGAAAGACUCCCUUUACACCAAAAAAGCAAAACUGUUCUAUUCGAAGGACGGAAACUACAAAGAAAUCGGGGUCGGCAAACUUUUUGUGAAGCCGCUGGACGGAAAUAAAGGGCAGAUCCUGGUGAGAGCUGAUAACACGCUUGGAAACAUUUUGAUGAACGUUGGAAUACCUAAAAAGCCCGAGCCAAGCGCGGUUGGAAAGAACAAUUGUCUACUUCCGCUCGUGCCGAACCCUCCGAUCGACGGUGUUGAUGGUGCUAUUCCGAUUCUCAUCCGCGUUAAAACAGGAGAGGACCGUGAUGAACUGAUAGAAAUAAUCAAAUCCCGCCAAAACGAAUAA